CUGCCUGGUUACCAUCCGUGCAGUCGUGUGCUUCUUUUAUGUCGGGCAGCCGGUUGGUGCAGUCAAUCUUGGUGUCUCAGGCCAUAUUCCCCGCUGGUUUGUUCUCUGCCUGGCUGGUGUGGUGGUGGAUGUAACCUGUCGCGUGUUGAAAAGGACACCGUCAUCGUUCCGGCUUCCUGUAUACUUCUUCAGUGGAUCCAUGCUGCCUGACUCGUGCUCCUUCCUGCCAGUUGUCUGCUAUUCACGUUUAUCUUGUCUUCACUUCCGUUAACGAACCACGCCAGCUUGUUCCAAUUGUUUUGCUACUCUCUCCUACUGCAUGGGCUGUAGCGACCUCGAUUAUGCGCCUGUGAUUGCAAUUCCACUUAUCUCCCAGAAGGACAAAACGAUCCCAGAAUGACCUCGUCUGAAACCCCGUCCGCUCUAGCAGAGUCUCAGAGCAUUGCCUUACAUGUGCUAUGUCCAUCCUUGCCUCCUCCCAACCGAUUUACGCUCUACGAUAUCUCUCCGUCCAUCACCGUCUCCGCUCUCAAGGCGCGAAUCGCCCAGACAAUUCCCAGCGAACCGUCGCCCGAGACUCAGAGGCUAAUCUACCGGGGAAAGCCCCUUACAAACGAUGAUGUGGCGCUGAGUGAUCUGCUCGAGCCAUCCAAUGACCCCGAGUAUUCCAUCCACCUCGUCCUUCCUCCUGCCCCAGUACCCCAUGCGACCAGCUCCGCUCGAACUCCUGCGCCAAUAGCCCGGGGAACUACAGGCAUUCCUGCGCCUCAGAGUCCAUUUGCGUCGAACCGAUUCCAACCGCAGUACUUGCCGCACGGACAAGAGAUCAGGUAUCGGGGUCCCGCAUUGCCCGCUGUUCCCCAUGAAGCAGAGAUCGGGCUUGCUUUGCGACGGAACAUUGAGGCGAUUCGGCGACAGAUUGAUAUGCAAGAACGGGUCGGACCGUUGGGAAGCGCAGCGGCAGGUACCGCGGGGGCGACUUCACACUCGUUGACCACGACCACGACUACAACCACGGCAUCUCCAUUCCCUCAGCAACCAACAUGGCCUCAGAUGGCUCCGGGCCUGUCGCAUCCAGGGCAUUCGUCCAUCACAUCAUCGGACUGCACAGCAGCCUCCAGUAGCAACCUCCCCGAAGAAGUCCGAUUGCGUCUACAGAUCCUCAGACAUCAGAUUGGUUUUGGCGAAGAGCAACUGAACCGUGGGGUUGCACCGCCGAUGGACCAUAUUAUCCGAAUUCGGACUCAACUGUUCGCGCUUCUCGACGACCAGUACCAGAAUCCGCUGGCCGAACGCGAUGGCUCGAUCGAAGCGUUGCUUACCCGUGUCUUCAACAUCUACACCCGCGCCGAUCAACUCCACGUUUCCCACGCCCGGACUUUCCCAACCCCUGUUCUAUCUGGUCCUCCACCAAACCCUACCCCUGGACAGGCUCCGUUGUAUCUGCUUUCAUCGCCAAACGGGUAUCAAGCAUUGAUUGCGUCUCCGCGGGGCGCCGAUACCGUGCACUCGUCCAUUGAUGCGCUUCGUGCUAUACACUCCCCGGUAGGAACCUCUGCGCCUCGCCCCGGUGCCCCGCCAGAGCUGCACAAUGCGAACGCCAUGGUCAUGGAGAAUAUCGUCCGUCAGGCGGUGCUAAACCAGCGCGUGGAGAACAACGGGCAGAUGAGCUUUGCGCGGAACAUGCGGCGCAUCUGGCUGUUUGUUCGGUUGUAUUUCUUCUGCUACAUGUUCAGCGAGCCCGGCACGUGGUCUCGUGUGAUGUUUGUGACUUUGGCUGUUCUCGCAUCGCUCUUAUCAGAGACCGGGAUCCCGCAGCAGCUGUACCGGCUGCUUGUAGCGCCGGUGCAGCAACACCUGGAAGGACUGGUGCAUUUUGCCCCGGAUGAACCGGCCCCAGCCCCCUCAGGCACCCAGCCCACAGAUAGUCAAAACCCAGGAACAAGAGCCGGGUCAGCUAGUCCGCCAGCCGGGCUGCGAUACCAGCUUCGACGAGUAGAACGGUCAGUGGCGCUCUUCAUUGCGAGCUUGGUUCCGGGCGUAGGUGAACGACACGUCGAGGUGCGCAACGCCGCCGAAGCCGCCCGGAAUGCCGAGCGCGCGCGAGAGGAAGAGGAGCGGCGUCAACGCGAGGAGGCCAGCACGAGUGGUGACGCGCAAGCGCAAGAGAACGGCGGCGAGAACAGCGGAGAGAGAGCUGCAGAGAAUGGACCCAACACGAUACCCCAAGCUGAGAAUUAACCACACACUGUUGACUCGAUUCCGACUACUAAGUAUAUACUGAGUAUUCGGGUCGUUUCACAAGAUGUAUGAUAGCUGCAUUCACGACCACUUUACGUGGGACUAUCUAGUCUAUCAGUUAUCUCUACGUACGCAUAUACCCAAGAA